AUGGUCAAAAUUAGUGAAAUUGCACGCACUUCAACAUUCGCAUGGAGUCUGGAUAGUUUACCUUUAUUAGCAACUGGUACUGUAGCUGGUGCUGUUGAUAUCAAUUUUAGUUCAUCUGCUACUUUAGAAUUAUGGGAUAUAUUCUCAUCAACUGAUAAACAUCAACCAAUUUUUUCGGCCCAAGUUGAUAAUAGAUUUCAUGCUUUAGCUUGGUCUAAACCAUUCGAAGGAAGACCUAGAGGUUUAUUAGCUGCUGCUUUCGAAAAUGGUGUAAUUGAAUUUUGGGAUGCUGACAUUUUAAUAAAUACAAAAGAUAUCAAUAUUGCAUCUGUUCAUAAAUCCAAGAAACAUAGUGGACCAGUGAAAUCAUUACAAUUUAAUCCAAUUCAAAAUCACGUACUUGUUACCGGUGGCUCUCAUGGACAAAUCUUUAUUUGGGACACUAAAGCCUUUGAUGAACCAAUCUCUCCAGGACAAGCAAUGACACCUAUGGAUGAAAUAACUUGUGUUGCAUGGAAUAAUUCUGUUGGUCAUAUUCUCGCUACUACUGGUAAUGGUGGCUAUACAUCUAUUUGGGAUUUAAAAACAAAAAAAGAAGUUUUACAUUUAUCUUAUAGUGGUCCUUCUGGUAGAGCUAACUUUUCUCAUGUUUCAUGGCAUCCAACGAUAUCAACUAAAUUAAUUACUGCUAGCGAUAAUGAUUCUUGUCCAUUACUAUUAACUUGGGAUUUAAGAAAUGCUAAUGCUCCUGAAAAUAUAUUACAAGGUCAUAAGAAAGGUGUUUUAUCUUUAGAUUGGUGUAAACAAGAUCCAGAACUAUUAGUAUCAAGUGGAAAAGAUAAUGCAACACUUUUGUGGAAUCCAAUAACUGGAAUAAAAUUGGGAGAAUAUCCAACUACUGCCAAUUGGGCAUUUCAAACUAGAUUUGCUCCUUCUGCGCCUGAUAUUUUUGCAACAGCUUCAUUCGAUGGGAAAAUUAUCAUUCAAUCCCUUCAAGACACUUCUCCACCAACAUCUGCAAAGGUGACAACAAAUGAUGAUAAUGAAUUUUGGAGUGAAUUGUCAACUACUGAAACUCAACAACCUGUUUUUGAAGUCAAACAGCCUCCGAAGUGGCUUAAGAAUCCUUGCGCGGUGUCAUUUGGGUUUGGAUCUAAAUUAGUUUCAUUGAAAACUGAUGCUAAUGGUAAAUCUAUAGUCACAAUUCAAAAAAUUACUUCAGGUGAUCCACAAAAAUCAAGCAAAAUAUUUGACGAUUUAAAGAAUGAUAAUUUCCAAUCCAUAAUUGAAAAUAAAUUAUCUGAAGGAACUCUCACUCAUUCUAAUCAAGCCGAUUGGGAGGUUUUGAAAACCUUAUCAGAAUCAGGAAGAGAAGCAUUAUUUAAGACUGAAUUUGAUAUUGAAUUAAACAACAAUGUUGAAGAAAAGAUUGAAAGCGAACAAGAACCAUCUGGUUGGGGCGAUGAUGAUUUCUUUGCCCAUUUAGGAACUGGUCAAACUACAAAGAAAGAUGAAGCGUAUGUUCCAGCUGGAAACUUUAAGAUUUUUUCCUCAAAUGAAACUCCUGAGAAUAAGAAAUUGAUUCAUUUGAUUUUGAACAAUAAGAUUGAUGCUGCAGUUGAUGCUUGUUUAGAUAGUAAGAAACUUGAAGAAGCUUUAGUAUUGGCAUUGGACGCUUCUACUGAAAUUAAAGAAAAAGUUAAGAGUGUUUAUUUCAAAAACAAUAGAGAAAGUAGUCUUUCUAGAGUGCUUUAUAAUACAUCCUCAAGGAAUGUUACUGAUCUUGUUGCUCAUGCAAAUAUUGAAAAUUGGAAAGAAAUUGCUGUUGGUAUUUCUUCAUUUAGUGAUGCAGAUGAAUAUGAUAACAGAAUGUCUGAAUUAGGUGACAGAAUCUUACACUCUGGUGGAGGAAGAAGAGAUGAUGCUAUUUUGUGUUAUUUGGCCGGGAAUGCUUUGGACAAGAUUGCUGCUGUUUGGUUGAAGGAAUUACCAGAAUAUGAAACAGAAUUAUUAAGAUCAGGUACUCCAGAUGUAACAUCCCCAUCAGAUGCGCGUCUUCAAGCAUUGACUAACUUUGUGGAAAAGAUUGCUACCUAUAGACAUCUUACAAAUUCAACCGGUGAGAUUUCAGGACCUGUAGUUGAACCAGUUUCUAAAGCAAUUGUGGAAUUUUCUAAUUUAGUAGCUGGAAGUGGUGAAUUUGAAUUAGCUCAGAAAUUUUUACAAAUCAUCCCAAGUGAAUUUGCUGGAUCAGAAAAGGAAAGAAUUAGAAAAGCAACUGGAACAGUUUCGAAAUCCAGGGUUCCAUCAGUAUCUGCUGGUGCUUCUAAUUUAUCCCAAGGUAAUAUUUACUCGAAUGUUAACAAUCGAUAUGGACAACAAGCUAGGGCAAUCUCUCGUUCUACUUCAUAUGCUCAACCUCCAGUUGCACCAGUUGCACCAGGUGUCCCGUCAUAUGCCCAACCUCCAAUGCCAACAUUUGGGGGUCAACAACAGCCUAGAUACGGUCAACAACAACAACCUCCAGUUCGUCCAAUGAGUCAACCACCCAUGCCUCCUAUUCAACAACAAUCGAACCCAUAUGCUCGGUCAUCUAAUCCUUAUGCUCCAUCUGCAGCAACUAACCCUUACCAGGCAUUUUCUCCUAGAUUGUCACAAGUUAACCCCGCUGUUUCUGCUCCACCUCCUCCUCCUCCAGUUGCAUCAAGUAGACAUAAGACUGAUACUGACGGUUGGAAUGAUUUACCACACACCUUUAAGCCAGUUGUAACUCCACGUCGUGCUACUGCUGCUGCAGUUGUCACUCCACAACCAAAUCAAUAUCAACAACAGCCAGAACAACCAGCUUUCCCACCAUCGACAGUAGCUCCAGUUACUCCAAGAAGAGCACUUUCCAAUGCUGGAACCUCUAAUGUUCCACCACCACCUAAAGGGAUCAGCCGCAAUUCUUCCAAGAUUUCAGUUCCUGUUGCUCCCAGAUCACCAAAGAAUGUUCAUGCUCCCUCUAGCAAGUAUGCUCCACCUCCAGGUGCAGAGCCAUCUACUCCAGUCACAAAUGGGUUUAAUGGGGCUGCUCCACCAACAGCACCACCUCCUGGCUCAGCCCUUUCUCCUCAAUUAAAUAGAAAGAAUCCAUAUGCUCCAACUGCUGAAGUAAAUCCACCAAAGGUAUCCUACGCUACUCCACCAGCACAAAUCGGUUUGGGUAUGAGUGUAAGUGCAGCCCCAGCUCCACCACCAAAGAAUCCUUAUGCUCCACCUCCGUCACAAGCUCCAGUCGGUGGUAAAAUUCUUCCUCCACCAGGUAGUACCAUUGCUCCACCUCCAAGGAUUGGCAGUGUUGGUUCAACUCCACAACAAUUGGGUUUAAGAUCUCCUCAGUUUGUUCAGUCGUCGUUUAAUGGCGCUCCUCCACCUCAACGUUUACCUAGUGGACCAAGUCACUCAUUCCCACCACCACCUGCUGCCAGUCAACCACCUCCACCACCUCCGGUUUCUAGUCAGCCGCUUCCACCUCCUCCAGUUGCUAGUCAGCCAGUCGCUCCACCAGCUCCAGUUAGUAGGGCUCCACCUCUUCAAGUUGCUAGUCAACCUGUUGGUCCUCCACCUGUUGCUAGUCAACCAGUUGCUCCUCCUACUGUUAGCCAACCUAUUGCUCCACCAGCUCCAAUUGUACAAAAUCAACCACCUGCAGCUGCAACCCCACCACCACCACCAGCAAAGGUCAAGCAUCCAAAGGGUGAUAGAUCUCACAUUCCAGAAGAAGCAAAAGUGAUCUACACUGGCUUAUCUGCCAUUCUUGAAGCAAUCAAACCACAAGUUCCUGACAAGUACAAAAAGCAUGCUGUAGAUAUGGAGCAAAGACUUAAUUUCUUAUUUGAUCAUUUAAACAAUGAAGAAUUAUCUCCUGGUGUUGUGGAAGAAUUGAAACAGGUGACCGCCAAUAUAGAGAGUAGGGAAUUUAACACUGCUACCGGAUUAAUUAUUGAUAUUGCUACUAAUCAUGGUGAUGAGACUGGGAAUUGGCAUAUUGGUGUUAAGCGUUUGAUUACAAUGGCGGAAGCAAUGUAUUAG